AUGGAAUGGAGGGGUGAUGCACUGCAGAUUUACUUCGCGCAUAUGAAGAAUGAUCAAGGAGGGGACCGACCGCGUGACCCGCGCCAUAUCUACGCGAACCCGCUACAACCAAGUAUUUGUCCAAUUGUGGCACUUGGUAUAUAUUGGGCGGUUUCUAAUUUUGGCGACGGCGAUCUCCUUUUUCCUGGCAGUAACCAAUACGAGCGAUUUCGGAAGUGCUGGCUGCGUCUACUGGCGCAAGAGAGUGUCGCGACGGAAUUGCAGCGCCAAGGGAUUGUCGCUACUGAGCUGGGGACUCACUUUAUGCGGAAAGGAUCAGCGACGUUUUGUUCGUCAGGCCGGCUGGUCGCUUGGAGGUGUUCAAAACACCUACCUCCGAUAUGA